UUUUGUAACCACGCCCAAAACACGUUAACAAGAUGAAACGAAACAAGGACUCCAAUCCUCCCCUUGAUAUGAAUGAUGAGGAAGACGAUAAAGACAAAAAAGAGUUUCAAAAGAUAUUGAUAUACCUGAGGAAGAAGGUCCCUUGCAAAGGAGGGCAAAUCAAGAAAGAGAAAGUGAAUUACAUUACAGGUAGUAAGCUUAUUGAUACAUUGAUGUCAAGCCAGUGGGGAGAAGGAGGUUCUGAUGGUGAUGAUUCGCCACAUUUCACAUCAAGAGCUUCUGCAAUUCAAUACUGCAAGAGGUUGAUUGAUGGCGGAUAUCUUGUUGGUGGAAAGAAAAUAGAAAUGAAAUUGGACAAGAAAGGAGAUGAUGAUGAAGAAGAUACCUCUACUGACAGCAAAGACUCGAAGAAGGUAAGUACAUAAUAUAUACAAUACUAUUUUAAUCGUAUUAGCUAUUAGUAAACUAUUAUGAUUAUUAUAAUACACAUAUAAUGUUUUUUAAAUAUGCUCUUAGUCUACUACUAAUAUAUACAGUACCGCUAUGUACAGUAUCCUCUGAAUAUGUUGUGAGUUGUUUAUUUCUUAUGCUGCAACUAAUUACCCCGGCUUUAACCACAAAUCCACAAUAGUGUGUAUAUUUCAUCAACAGUACAUGACCACAGCAUAUUGCAGGAACCGCUUCCCCCAUAACUGUAUCUUUAUUGUUUGAAAAUAGUACACAUGUCAAAAUCUGUUUUGUUUCCAUCAACCAAACAGCACACACCUACAUGUACCAGUAUACGUAUGUAUAUUAUUAUUUUUAUUUUAAGUGAAUCUGUUCUUAAAUAAAGUGCUAUCAUAUAAUGCUUAGAAUGUGAUAUUUGUUAUUCAUACUUUGCUGUACUUGAAACUGAAUCGACAACAACCGACUAAUAUAAACAUUCUUGUUAGUACUGUAUGCAACCAAGAGGAAAGGAGCUGUUAUUGUACUUGUAUUAUGUAGUAUCACUUUUAAGAACUUGAAGCCUACUACUACUACUCUAUAGCAUUGCAUUAGAUGAAUCGUAUCUAGAAGCCGUGGGGGUGGUAACCACAUCAACUUGCAAUGGAUUACUAUUUGUAAAAA